AUUCAUUCGUUCACUUGCAUUUAGAUGAGAUAAAUAAUAGAAAUAACCUUUCUAAAGAUGGCUGCUGAAGAAACAGCUGCUGAGCAGUCUACAUCAAACUUAAGAAGUGAGAACCCUGAAGAUGUGGAUGAUUUGUUAAAAGCUGUAGAGGAAGUAAAAGGAAAAGAACCGGAAAAACUAGUUGAAUUGACAGAACCAAAAGUUAGUAAGCGGAGGCCUGGAAGAGCUCCAGAAAUUUCAGUAUUUGAACGUAAAAACUGGCUAAUUCAUCUACACUAUGUUCGAAAGGAAUACAACGUUUGUAAGGCAUUAAUAAAAGAUGUACUGCAGGAGUCUUCCAACAUGUGUGAAUAUCCAAUUUACGUGUACGCUUUAAUUCUUCGAGAAGAGGGAGAGAUUCAAGAAUCUUUGGAAAUGUUUCAACAAUGUUUAGAAUUAAAUCAACACAAUAUCGACAACUUAAAACAAGUGGCUCGAUCAUUGUUUCUUCUUGGUCGCCAUAAAGCCGCGUUGGGAGUUUAUGAAGAAGCCUCAAAAGUUUGUGACCAUGAUUGGGAAAUAUAUCAUAACCAAGGUGUUUGUUACACAUAUUUAAAAGAUGUUGAGAAGGCGAAAGCAUUGUUAACUAAAGCAAUUCAGUUGAGUCGACAUGAUAUCUCGUAUGUUAUGUUGGGUAAAUGUUUUCUCAUGGAAGGAAAGAUUGAUGCUGCAGUUGAUGUUUACAAGAAGGCUGUCGAAUACUCUCCUGAGAAUCCUGAGUUGAUGACAACAUUGGGUCUGUUGUAUUUACAGCUUGGUCACAAUCAAAAAGCGUUUGAGCAGUUGGGAAAUGCAUUAACUUAUGAUCCAACUAAUAUAAAAGCCAUCCUAGCCGCAGCUGCCAUGAUACAGGAUGAGAGUGAUUUUGAUGUUGCUCUCACUAAGUAUCGCGUUGCUGUGACAACCAUGCCAGAAUCCCCACAAAUUUGGAAUAAUAUCGGAAUGUGCUUUUUUGGGAAGAAGAAAUAUGUUGCUGCAAUUAGUUGUUUGAAGCGUGCUCUAUAUCUAUCUCCGUUUGAAUGGACUAUUAUGUACAACCUUGGACUGAUACAUCUAACUAUGCAACAAUAUGCGUCAGCAUUCCAUUAUCUAAGUGCGGCCAUCACACUAAAACCAAAAAUGGGAAAGUUAUUUAUGCUACUUGCCGUUGCAUUGACCAACUUGAAAUCAUACGACGAUGCGAAACAAGCAUAUGAUCAAGCAAUCCAUUUUGAAAGUCAUAAUCCGAUGAUUCAUUUGAAUUAUGCAUUGAUGCUGUGUCAGCACAAACAGGACAGAAAAGCUGCGGCGAAGCAAUUAUCUUUGUUUAAAAAGAAAAUAUCUUUACUUAAAGAUACACUGGCGGCGAACAAAAUUGAUCCUGAAAUGCUAGAGGCAAGUAAUGAAUUAGAAGCCAUUCUUCAAGUUGGUUCCAAACGUAGCGAGAGCAAUGCAUGAUGGGUUAAUUUUAAAAUUGCAUGCUGGUAGGAAGCGUGGUAUGGAGGAAGCGUUGUGUGAAAGAAGUUGAAGUGAGAUUUAUAAUUGAUUACGCAAAGCAUGUCUCGACGUGACGAAAUUUUUUAAUUGUAAAAAAAAAAAGAUUUGUAAAUAUACAAUCUCGGUCCAACCCUCUUGUUUUUAUACAGAGGCAUUUUUUUUUGUAAAUAUGAAUAUGAUAUUAUAAUAUGUUAUGCAUAAA